AUGGCUUUCGUCUCCGGUGGCGGAGGAGGCCUUCCACCACAGCCAGGGGUUCCAGCUCCUGGAGGCUCGAACGGGCCUCCCGUUGCAGUCCAAACGCCGGCCGCCACUCAACUAGCUGCUCAUCAACAGUUGUCCGCUUUGGCAGGCAAUCAACACUUUCUGGACGCUUUACUUCAACAGCAACUUCAGCAACAACAAGCCGCUGCUCAAGUCAACACCCAGAAUCCUUCUUCGCAGCUGGUGAGCCAUCUGCUGGCCACAGCUUUAUUAGGUGGAUCAAACCCCCUUGCCGUUAACCAAAUGGCUAGCGGUGCGUCAUCGUCUACAGUAGAGCCACAAGGAAUGCAACUUUUGUCGGUGUUACAAAAUCAACUAGCUUUCGGUCAGCUUUUGCCUCAAUUUCAGAGUGGACAGAAUCUCGGUGCCAUUAAUCCGCUUCUCAAUCCAGCGAUAGCAUUGUAUUAUCAACAGCUCUUACAACAGCAGCAGCAACAGCAAACACUAUUGCAACAACUAGCACAACAACAGAUCCCUCAAGCGCAAGCUGUACAAGUUCCUCAGGCUCAUGCUUUUCAACCUCCGGCGCAAGUCUCAUCCGGAAAUGUGGAGUCACAACUGAACGCGCAAGAACGUUUGAUGAAUGCCUACCUUAGCGAACAGCAACAACAGGCUGGUCCUUUCAGCAUCUCAUCUAGAGAUCAAGAACAAGCUUUGAUGGUUGCGACCGGUAGUCACGCGCAGCACGUCCCGCACCAUCAUGAUCGGACUUCUACGGCGACAACAAGAAAUCUGGCUGCUGGCGCUAGCGGCAGUGUUGACGUAGAGUCGGUAGAAGAGAAAAUCUCACGGCUCAUCAGUGAAAAUGAAGCCAUAGUACAACCUCAUCAGACCUUAUUGAAACGAAGACCUUAUCAUCGACAGGCUGGAGGCCAGUCGUCCAUUGAUCAUGAUAGCAAUAGCGGCGGUGAGUAUGGGUCAACUCGAACGUCUCCUGGUAUCCGAGAUCAUCGCAUGUUGCAGUCAAGCAGUCGUAGUCAGUCGCACUAUGAACCGCUUCUUCUCCGCGCAGAGGCGAGUCUGUCCCUGCAGACCGCCUCAAGGGCGCCGGAUACCGACACUCACAGUCGACAUCCUCUUAAAAGGAGGUUGCUCGCAGCUGUCGCUGCCGAGCAGCACAGUCCGACUAAAAUACCCCGCCCGGAAUCUCGUGAUAUUGUCGUCAUAGAGGAGCGGAAGGCUUCGGUUGCGGAGAAGAAAGAUUCCAUAAUUGAGCUCGACUCUGAUCAUCCAAGCCUUCCUAGAAGGGCAACAAUUGCAUCUAUGUCUCUGAGUCAGCAACGUGGUCAUUCUGUGGCAGCUCCGAUAGCGGUUUCUGCUAUUCCUUCCGUUAUGCAACCUGUUCCGCAUACUCCUGCUCCAGUUUGCGCCUUGCAAACCGCUGGGGGAUCGUCAGCUUUCGUGUCUCCGAGUGGAUCCGCUUUUGUGCCUCAGCCGGCUCCUUCCAGUCAGAUAACGAAAAAGGAAGAAAAUCCCUUCAGUAUUGAAGGUUAUGUGCUGGAUGGCAACACCGAUAAGCCCUACACGUUGGUACUGACACAGGCAUGUAAAGUGCAAGCUACAACUGACGUGGCUACUGUACGAAGGUGGCUUGAUGUGUAUGGAUUGCGGUUUUAUGUUGCUUGCAUGAUAUAUGGAUUUAUUUGUAUGGACUCUUUUUUUUCACUCAGGUCGCGAGGUAGAAAUAUCACUAGUGAGACGUUUGUUUGCAUGCACCGUGCUCAGCCAAUGUUUGUUGAGCAGAAGGGGAAUUUGUCAAUGUACAGCAACUGGCAUCAGGUCAACAUAAACGAAGCUGAAUCGAAGUUGAAUUUGCUAUACAUGGGAAUGUGCUCAACGAGGCCACGAACGGGUGUAAAACCUUUUUGGCGGUACAGUGUUGCAAAUCGAGACCAUGGGCAGUACAAAAUGACUCAUUCUUCAUUUUGGGAGUACAGGAAUAAGGUCGUCGUUCUGCUGGUGUUUAUUGGAUAUCUGCUUUUUUGUUGUCUGUUUUGCUUGUCAUACUUCAUUAUGCAGGUAAGACGUCAAGCGGAGCAAAUGCAGACUGCCAAAGAAGAGAACGAGGAUGACUUGCAGCCAUUUCUUGACGGUCUUGGCAACGAUGCGAAGCCGGCGGUAGACGAGGUAAGCGUGCAACUCCAUGAUCGCUUUCGUGAACUUCAGGCCAAUGACGUCGACUCUUCCGUCACGAUCGGAACCGCAGAUUCGACUGCAACAGAACCUAUGAAAGAGGAAACCGAGUCUCAAGCAGCACCAAAGUACAAGCCGGCGGCCGAGCCAGCAAAAUUAACAAAAUCGACGACGACGAAAAAGCAGGAGCCCGUAAUCGGCGGAUAUCGCACGGAUGAGGUAUAUGUGUACGUUCGUGGAAGAGGUCGAGGACGUUACGUAUGUGAUCGAUGUGGGAUUCGAUGCAAAAAGCCAAGCAUGUUGAAUAAACACAUCAAAUCCCACACUGACAUCCGCCCAUACAAAUGUAAGGAGUGCAAUUUCUCGUUCAAAACGAAAGGUAAUUUUACGAAGCACCUUAGCUCCAAGACCCAUCGCCGGCGUCUUGUACAAGGCAGCGGCAAUGACAGCGAUAACGAGGAUGGUCUUGUUAUUGCCAGCCCGGAUGAUGAAACUCUUGAGCAGCGCUUUCCAUUUGAUGAGAUGGACUCAAUUUUGGACAGAGCAGCUAGCUCCGAUGACGAGACAGACGACCAUUUGCCACCCGUGCAGGAGUCAACAGAUAACCCAUACCGAAAGUAUGGACAA